AUGUUGGACGGCUCUUCCCAGGUGUUUCUGGGGGACUCCCAACUGGGAGUCUCGCAAUCGCAUCUCGUAUCCGUCUUUGAUCGUCAACGGCAUUCUUUCUGCGGCGAUUCGGAAGGAUGGGGUCCGAUGAGCUCCACGGGCUUCCACCUCACCCCGUGCUUUCUGGACGUCACCGUCGCCGUUGUCGCUGCCUGGGGCUUACUCGGUGGUGCUGGUGCGCUCUGGUUGUUGCUCAAGAAGCGGAUUCCUGCGCCAGUCUCGAAGAACUGGCAUUUCUACGCCAAGUUGGUCGUACUCGCUCAUCUGCUAUUCGUCACUGCCCUUCAAACAGCCAUUCUAGCCGAGACACAACCAAACAGCUUCUGGGCCGACUUCCGUUUCUGGUCAUCGGUCCUGACCUUUGCCUCGCAAGGUGUGAUCUAUGCAGUGCAGUAUUUUGAGCAUUGGCGGAGUCGCCAGCCAAAUGGGGUGGUCCUGUUUUACUGGCUCUUCUUCAUUAUCGCUUAUGCCGUCAAGCUGCAAUCCCUUGUCUCCCGACAGGAGUACUUGACCAGUCUACCAUAUUUCGUCUGCAUCAACGUCAGCCUGGGAUUGGCGCUACUGGAAUUCGUGCUCGAGUAUUUUGUUCCGAAGAAGCAGAGUGCUUAUGAUGCGCUGGGCGAUGAGGAUGAAUGCCCCUACAACUAUGCCGAUAUCUUUUCGGUCCUUACCUUUGGUUGGAUGACCCCAUUGAUGAAGUUUGGGUACAGCAACUACCUGACUCAAGAUGACCUGUGGAACCUUCGUCGUCGGGAUACCACCCGUGCCACUCUUGACGACCUUAGUAGCGCCUGGGAGGUAGAGCUCGAAAAGAAAAAGCCAUCUCUUUGGAUCGCACUAUUCAAGGCGUUUGGCGGUCCUUAUAUUCGUGGUGCCAUCAUUAAGUCGGGCAGUGAUAUGCUUGCCUUCGUGCAGCCACAGCUCCUGCGGUACCUGAUCACUUUUAUUGAUUCAUACCGACGCCCUGAUCCUCAGCCAGUCAUCCGCGGUGUUGCCAUUGCCUUGGCUAUGUUUAUUGUCUCAGUUUGCCAGACAAGUUGUCUGCACCAGUACUUCCAGCGAGCCUUCGACUGUGGCAUGCGGGUGAAGUCAUCUUUGACAGCCCUCAUUUAUGCCAAAUCUCUGCGACUGUCGAGCGAGGGCCGCUCGUCCAAGACCACUGGCGAUAUCGUCAACCAUAUGGCUGUUGAUCAACAGCGCCUUUCGGACUUGACUCAAUUCGGUACUCAGCUAUUUUCUGCACCCUUCCAAAUCACCCUGUGCAUGCUUUCUCUUUACCAGCUGCUUGGACCGAGCAUGUUCGCUGGUGUGGCUGUCAUGAUUUUCAUGAUUCCGCUCAACGGAGUCAUCGCCCGGUUGAUGAAGAAAUUGCAGAUCACGCAGAUGAAGAACAAGGAUUCGAGAACUCGCCUUAUGACUGAGAUUCUGAACAACAUCAAGAGUAUCAAACUCUAUGCCUGGAAUACGGCUUUCAUGAACAAGCUCAGCCACAUCCGAAAUGAUCUGGAACUCAACACCCUUCGCAAGAUCGGUGCCACGCAGUCCGUGGCGAAUUUUACCUGGACGUCAACUCCUUUCCUCGUGUCUUGCUCGACAUUUACUGUCUUUGUUUUGACCAGUGACCGCCCCUUGACCACUGAUAUCGUCUUCCCUGCCUUGACUCUCUUCAACCUGCUGACUUUCCCGCUCUCGAUUUUGCCAAUGGUCAUCACCUCGAUUAUUGAAUCCUCUGUCGCAGUGAAGAGAUUAACUGAUUAUUUCCUUGCCGACGAACUGCAGACGGGGGCUGUCAUCCUCCAAGACCCCGUUGAACAUGCCGGUGAUGAAUCGGUCCGUGUUCGCGACGCGUCCUUUACCUGGAACCGCUAUUCUGGUGUUACUGUAUUGGAAAACAUUGAUUUGAGUGCACGCAAGGGCGAGCUAAGCUGUAUCGUUGGUCGCGUAGGUGCUGGAAAAUCAUCUCUGCUCCAAUCGAUAUUGGGUGAAUUAUGGAAGGAAAAGGGUGAAGUGGUCGUGCGAGGUCGCGUUGCCUACGUUGCACAGGCACCAUGGGUGAUGAACGCAAGCGUUCGGGAGAAUAUUGUUUUCGGUCACCGAUGGGAUCCUGCAUUCUACGACCUCACCGUGGAGGCUUGCGCUUUGCUCGAUGACUUCAAGAUCAUGCCCGAUGGGGAUCAGACUGAAGUUGGCGAGCGUGGAAUUUCUCUUUCCGGAGGUCAAAAGGCUAGGUUGACACUCGCCCGAGCUGUCUAUGCUCGUGCAGAUAUCUAUCUUCUAGACGACGUUCUCUCGGCUGUUGAUCAACACGUUGGCCGCCAUAUCAUCAACAAGGUUCUUGGUCCUUCCGGAGUUUUGAGCGGUAAAACCAGAAUCCUUGCCACCAAUGCCAUCACAGUGCUCAAGGAAGCAGACUACAUUGGAUUGCUUCGCGACAAGACUAUUAUUGAAUCAGGCACAUAUCAGCAACUCAUGGCUAUGAAGGGCGAGAUUGCCAGUCUUGUGAGCAACAACUUGGUGGAAUCCGAAGAACCCUCUCCUGUCGGCUCUGAUGACGAACUUGCGAGCCACGAAGGCUCCGAGGAGACAGCCAUCCUCGACAAUGAAGAUGAUUCGGACAGCGAAGGAUUGGAACAGCCCGGUUCUCUUGUCCCAAUCAAACGAUCGGUUGGACCUGGACGCAAGAACAGCCUUGCCACUCUACGCCGCGCUAGCACUGCCACCUGGCAUGGCCCCAGACGCAAGUUAGGUGACGAGGAGAACGUUCUCAAGAGCAAGCAAACCGAGGAAACCUCUCAGCAAGGCAAGGUCAAGUGGAGUGUGUAUGCCGAGUACGCCAAGAAUAGCAACAUUGCUGCGGUCACUCUCUACUUGAUCGCUAUGCUGGCAGCCCAAACCUCCCAGGUGCUUGGUAACUAUUGGCUAAAGAGCUGGACUGAAGCCAAUGAACAGAAAGGCGGUAAUGAAAGUACGGGUAUGUUUAUUGGUGUCUACCUAGCCUUUGGUCUGGGCGCCUCCCUCUUGGUUAUUGUGCAGAACUUGAUAUUGUGGAUUUUCUGCUCUAUUGAGGCCUCUCGCAAGCUGCACGAGCGGAUGGCGUUUGCUAUUUUCCGCUCGCCCAUGCAAUUCUUCGAAACCACCCCAUCUGGUCGGAUUCUCAACAGAUUCUCCAGCGACAUUUACCGUGUUGAUGAGGUUCUUGCCCGUACCUUCAACAUGCUUUUCGCCAACGCUGCUCGCGCAAUGUUCACGAUGGUCGUCAUCGCGAGCUCCACGCCUGCCUUCUUGUUGCUGGUCAUCCCACUGGCCUACGUCUACCUCAGCUACCAAAAGUACUAUCUGAGAACUUCUCGUGAGUUGAAGCGUCUUGACAGCGUGACCCGUAGCCCAAUCUUCGCCCAUUUCCAGGAGUCCCUAGGUGGCAUCUCUACCAUCCGUGCCUACCGACAGGAGAACCGCUUUGCUCUUGAGAACGAGUGGCGAAUGGACGCCAAUCUGCGGGCCUUCUUCCCGUCUAUUAGUGCCAACCGCUGGCUUGCCGUUCGUCUCGAGUUUAUCGGAUCGAUCAUUAUCCUGUCUUCUGCCGGACUCGCGAUCCUUUCGGUUUCUACUGGCAGCGGUGUCUCGGCAGGUAUGGUCGGUUUGGCCAUGUCUUACGCUCUUCAGAUCACCCAGUCUCUGAACUGGAUUGUUCGUCAGACCGUUGAAGUUGAGACCAACAUUGUCUCUGUCGAGCGUGUUCUUGAGUAUGCCAAUCUGCCCAGUGAGGCACCGGAGGUGAUCUUCAAGCACCGACCUGCCAUUGGAUGGCCUGCUCAAGGUGCCGUAUCCUUCAAGAACUACAGUACCCGCUACCGCGAGGGCCUAGACCUGGUCCUCAAGAACAUCAAUCUCGAUAUCAAGCCACACGAGAAAAUUGGUGUUGUUGGUCGCACUGGUGCCGGAAAGAGCUCCCUCACACUGGCUCUAUUCCGACUCAUUGAGCCUACCGGUGGUAAUAUCAGUAUUGAUGGUCUCGAUGUGUCGACAAUUGGCUUGUUUGAUCUCCGGGGUCGCCUGGCUAUUAUUCCCCAGGAUCCUGCCAUGUUCGAAGGGACGCUGCGUGACAACUUGGACCCUCGACAUGUUCAUGAUGAUACUGCACUAUGGAGUGUACUAGACCAUGCCCGAUUGAAGGAUCAUGUCUCCCAGAUGGAAGGUCAGCUUGAUGCUCCUAUUCAGGAAGGAGGAUCCAAUCUCAGUCAAGGUCAGCGCCAGCUGGUCUCGCUCGCUCGGGCUCUCUUAACCCCUAGCAACAUCCUUGUCCUGGACGAGGCUACUGCCGCGGUCGAUGUGGAGACUGACGCGCUGCUCCAGCGCACCCUGCGCAGCGACAUUUUCUCAAACCGCACUAUCAUUACGAUUGCGCACCGCAUCAACACCAUCAUCGAUUCCGAUCGAAUCGUCGUCCUGGAUAAGGGUGAGGUGGCGGAGUUUGACACCCCGGCAGAGCUUAUCAAGCAAGGCGGCAAAUUCUACGAACUCGCCAAGGAGGCUGGCCUGUUGGAAGGCGACAGUCUCGCCAACUCGCAAAUAGCGUAA